AAUCUAUUAUUUACACAUACUCAGGUUUAAAUGAUUUAGGAUUAGAAUAAACAGUGUGAUUUGUCCAUACUUCAAUCAUUAUCUUGUUUAUUUAACUUUUCGUAAUAAGUUUCAUUUAAUUAUUUUGUUUCAUUCAUAAGAUAAUGGUCGGAUUUAUAUUUAACCUUAGUGGCAGUAUGUAAACAAAGACAUUUCUCUACAUCCGUCUAUUUUUUCGCGGCCAGGUAUCUUCUUAUGGCGAACGACUUGACUGUGAAUGAGACAUUAUCUAAUACCGGAAACGACAACAUGAAUGCGUACCAAGCAAUCAAUAACGCACAUACAAAUGCUGGGUUUGAACGCCAAGAAAGUGAUGAAAAUGAGCUUAAUGGCAAGAUUGUGAAAGGAAGAGAAGCAACAAGUUGGGCGGUGGUAAAUGGUCGGUCUCUUCAAAAUGGAAAACUGGUGAACCAGAACGAUGGAAAACAGCUUUCAUUUACUGAUCCGACACAGUGUGAAAAGGAAUUUCAUGCAGGACCAUCGAGAUCGCGCGUCACUGGGCGACUUUGUCUUUCUGUGGCAUCUGCAAUCAUGGGUUCCGUAGAGUUCGGCUACCAUACUGGGGUAAUAAACGCGCCAGAGAUGCACAUAAAGGAAUUUAUGAACCACACCAACGUCAAAAGAACUGGGAACGCAAUGGAUGACGUCACAAUAAGGUCACUAUUUGCUCUGACUGUGUCAAUAUUCGCAGUUGGAGGAGUUAUUGGAGGACUGACCGCUGGUUGGUGGGCGAACUUUUUGGGAAGGAAAGGUGGUAUGCUCGUGAACAACAUAAUCGGCAUCAUCGCCAGUGUGUUGAUGUUCCUGAGCCGAGUAGUGGACUCUUACGAGAUUGUCAUUGUUGGGCGUUUCCUUAUUGGCAUCAACUGCGGUCUCUACACCGGCCUGACCCCUAUGUACCUCUCCGAGGUCUCAUCCCUUCACAUUCGAGGGGCUCUAGGGACCCUCCAUCAGCUGGGGACAGUAACUGGGCUUUUUGCGUCGCAGGUUCUAGGAUUUCCGGAAAUACUUGGGAACGCUAGCUACUGGAAUAUUCUACUUGGUGUUGGGCUGACCCCACUUGUCCUGCAGCUGCUGACCUUGCCGCUGUGUCCGGAAAGCCCACGGUACCUUUUGCUGACCAAGAACAAGGAAAGUCAGGCCAGGGAGGCACUGAUAAUACUUCGAGGAACCACACACAUAGACGACGAUAUAGAAGAAAUGAAAUCAGAGAACAACAUCAACGAGAAGGACACACCAAUUGGCCUGAUGGGUUUGUUCCGCGAGAAGUCACUGCGCAUGCCCCUCAUAAUUAGCAUUGUCAUGCAGCUAUCUCAACAGUUCUCUGGAAUCAAUGCGAUAUUCUACUACUCAUUUAACCUGUUUAAACAUGCGGGUCUCUCUGAUACUUGGUCUGCCCACGCUACUUCCGGUGUUGGCGGUACGAUGGUGGUGAUGUCCUUGAUCACCGUACCACUCAUGGAUAGGGUGGGGCGCCGAACCCUCCACCUGUUUGGGCUCGGCGGAAUGUUCAUAUUCAGCAUUCUAAUUACACUGUCCCUCUCCUUGACGUAUUUGGCGAGCUGGUUGCGGGUCGCCAAUAUUGCUGUAUCCCUGCUAUAUGUUGUAUUCUUUGGCUUGGGUCCCGGUUCGAUUCCCUGGCUAAUUGUCGCCGAGAUGUUUUCCCAGGGUCCCCGCCCCGUGGCCAUUAGUGUCUCCGUGUUUACAAACUGGGUUGCCAACUUCACGGUAGGAUACUGCUUCCCGUACAUGCAGAGUGGACUGGGUAAUUUUUCGUUUUUACCGUUCACCAUUACGUUAGGGCUGUUCUUUAUCUUCACGGCGAAAUUUGUUCCCGAGACGAAAAACAGAACUAUCGAACAGAUCUCUCAAAUUUGGAAGAAGUCAGGCGAGUUGAACAAACUAUAGACACCAAACAGGAGCUAUAUGUUUCUUGGUUACAUAGUUCAUAUUCAAGGUGCAGUUCGAAACAUACCAAUAGUUGAUCUCUCAGAUUAAAUUUUACUUGGUUUAAUAUCUCAAUGGAUUAAAGGUCUGAAGUGAAUGUGAUCUUUGAUUACCAUGUGUAAAUAAAACAUUUGAGAUGCAUUAUACUGUGACACUGUGUAAAAAAUGUAUAACGAAUUGCGACAAUCAAGGUCUUUACGAUUGAAGUUGAUUUUAGAAAAUAUUUCCAUGACAAAAUGAAACAAAUGUUACUUUCUUUAUUUGGAUUAUAUGUGUAUACAACUCAUCAAUAUGGCAAUACAUCCGUAUGUCUGUGUGUGUGUGUGUGUGUGUGUGUGUGUGUGUGUGUGUGUGUGUGUGUGUGUGUGUGUGUGUGUGGCGGAUGGCGAAUCAGUGUCAAUAUUGUAUGUAAUGCUGUUAGUAUUGUAAAACACGGUGUUUAGUUUUAAAAAGAUUAUUUUGUAUGAUUAAAAAAAAUAAACUUACUGAAAGAUU